AUGGCAUUUUUCAAGCCAUCUCUAGUGUUAUGUUCAAUUCUUACUUUCCUCAGCCUGAAUUGUGGUCCAUCUCAUGUAUCUGCCAAGGUUUAUAUGGUGGUGAUGGAGGAUGAUCCAGUCAUUUCUUACAAAGUGAACCGCAAGCAUGUAAUGAGAGGCGAGGAAGCUCAGAAGUACAAACGAGUGGCCACAACAAAGCAUGACAGCUUCCUGGACUCAUUUCUCCCAAUAGGAUCUUACAAGAAACUGUACAGUUACACUCACUUGAUCAAUGGCUUUGCUCUCCAUGCUGAAUCUGAGAAGACGGUUAGAAUUCUUAGCCGUGCAAAAGGAGUUAGACUUAUCCAAGAAGACAUCAAAAUGGCCAAGAUGACAACGCACACUCCAAAUUUCAUUGGAGCUAGUGGAGUCUGGCCACUCCUGGGUGGUGCUGAAAAUUCUGGUGAUGGGGUGGUGAUUGGCAUGAUUGAUACUGGCAUCGACCCCAAGAACCCAAGCUUUGUUAGCAGUAACAUGUCAAGCCAAGCAAAAUCACCACCAGCUAGUUUCAAAGGAAUGUGUCGUUCUGGGAAUAGGUUUCCUCCAGAUUCAUGCAAUGGUAAGAUAGUGGGAGCUAGGUGGUUUGCACGUGCUGCUCAAGCGACUGGAGAGUUCAAUGCUACAAUUCACUAUGCAUCUCCGUACGAUUCGGAUGGUCAUGGCAGACUUUCAAUCUACAAAGCUGCCUAUCCUUUCGGUGGAUAUAUGUCAGAUGUAAUAGCUGCAGUCGACCAGGCUGUAGAGGAUGGUGUGGAUGUUAUAAGUCUUUCUAUGGCUCCUUCUUCAAUUUCACCUGGGCCAGCAUCUUUCCUCAAUUUGCUUGAGGCACAACUUCUCCUUGCCACCAAAGCUGGAGUCUCAGUUGUUCAAGCAGUUGGCAAUGGAGGCCCCGAUGAGAACACAGUCGUUUCUUUCAGCCCAUGGAUAUUAAGUGUUGCUGCUUCGACGACAGAUCGGAAGUAUAGAAAAUCAAUCAUAACUGGCAAUGGGAAAGCCUUCUCCUGUGGCACUCUUUCUGCACCAACACCAGGUGAAACAAUGUACCCACUAGCAUGGGCUGAUGAUGUGAUAGUUGAGAAUUCAACCGACGAAGGGUCUAACAAAUGCCGAGAUCCAAAGAUCUUCAUCAAACCUCUUGUCCAGGGAAAGGUGAUUAUUUGCAUGUUCGACUCAUCAGACUACUACGAUGACGUGAGCCUUGCAAGCAUCGUCGAUACGAUUCAGAAAAUUGGAGCUGCUGGAGUCAUUGUCACUGAUCGUUCUACGCAUGACGUUGACAUUGAUUUUGAGCCUACAUUUCCCACAACAGUUCCUUCAGCCAUAGUCCUGAAGGGUUCUGACAUGCAGGCUCUGAUGCAGUACUAUAACAAUAACACGGUUCGAGAUGAAGACGGAGACGUUCUCAGCUUCGGAGCCACUGCUCGGAUACUGGAGGGACGGCGUGCAACCUACACGGGAGAAGCACCUGUCGUCGCCGAUUACUCGUCGCGGGGACCCGACGUGGAGAACUCGCUGAUGCAGCCAGCAGAGGUGCUGAAACCGAACGUCAUGGCGCCAGGGCAUCUUAUAUGGGGAGCCUGGAGCCCGACGAGCAACGCCCUGCCGGAGAUCCACGGCGAGAGCUACGCGCUGCUGUCGGGCACAAGCAUGGCCGCCCCGCACGUCGCCGGGGUGGCGGCCCUGAUCAAGCAGAGGCACCCGACGUGGAGCCCCGCCAUGGUCAUGUCCGCUAUCAUGACGAGCGCGGACGCGACCGACCGCUCGGGGCGGCCCCUGAUGGCUCGGGGCGACGAGGGCUCCCUCGGCCCCGCGACGCCGUUCGACAUGGGCGCGGGCGCCGUCAACGCGGCGCGCGCCCUGGACCCGGGCCUGGUGUUCGACGCCGGGUACCGGGACCACCUCCAGUUCCUGUGCGCGGUGCCCGGCGUGGACGAGGCCGCGGUGCUCCGCGCGGUUGGCGCGCCGUGCCCUCCCCGGGCGCGGGCGGGGGCGGCGCGCUGGUGCUCGGACCUCAACUCGCCGAGCGUGACGGUGGCGAGCCUGGUGGGGUCGCGGCGCGUGGACCGGCGGGUCACCAGCGUCGGCGCGCACAACGAGACGUACAUGGCGUACGUGCGCGCGCCGAAGGGCGUGGCGGUGCGCGUGUCCCCCGCCGAGUUCGCCAUCGCGCCAGGGGCGGCGCGGACGCUGCGGAUCGCGCUCAACACCACCGCGCCCGGGAACGCCUUCAGCUUCGGCGAGGUGGUGCUCAGGGGCGACAGGAAGCACCGCGUCCGGAUCCCGCUCGCCGUCUACCCCGCCGCGGCGCUGAGCCCGUGAACUCGCAGCACAGAACCAUGCCACUCCCAGCUCAGAAUACGCGUGUACGCACAAAUAAUGAAAUAAAAAAACACGUGUGUUCCGAUGCACACUCGUUCCCGUUUGAACAGGCAGAGCCAG